UAGCGGAAAUUACCGAAGAUGCCCGAAGCCGUCGGGACGGACCCGAGUACCUCACGCAAGAUGGCGGAGCUGGAGGAGGUGACUCUGGACGGGAAGCCUCUUCAGGCGCUGCGGGUGACCGACCUGAAGGCCGCACUAGAGCAGCGAGGCCUAGCCAAGAGCGGGCAGAAGAGUGCCCUGGUCAAGCGGCUCAAAGGGGCUCUAAUGCUAGAAAAUUUACAGAAACACUCAACACCCCAUGCUGCAUUUCAGCCAAAUUCCCAGGACUUGCCAAGCAAGACGGUUCUCAGGAGGAGGAUUUGUGAAGAGAAAGCUGAAGGACAGAAGAGUGAUGUGGGGAUCGGCGAGGAAAUGAGCCAGAACAGUUUCAUAAAACAGUAUCUGGAAAAGCAGCAGGAGCUACUUAGGCAGCGUCUGGAACGUGAAGCUCGAGAAGCUGCAGAACUUGAAGAAGCUUCAGCUGAGUCGGAGGACGAGAUGAUCCAUCCUGAGGGAGUGGCUUCCCUGCUGCCUCCUGACUUUCAGAGCAGCCUGGAGAGACCAGAGCUGGAGCUCAGCAGACAUUCGCCCAGAAAAAGCUCCUCUGUUUCUGAAGAGAAAGGUGACUCAGAUGAUGAGAAACCAAGGAAAGGAGAAAGACGAUCAUCCAGGGUCAGACAGGCACGAGCUGCUAAACUCUCAGAGUGCAGCCAGGUUGCUGAGGAGGAAGAGGAUCAAGAGACACCUUCCAGAAAUCUGAGGAUCAGAGCAGAUCGAAAUUUGAAAACAGAGGAGGAAGAAGAGGAGGACGAGGAAGAGGAAGAAGAGGAGGAAGAGGAGGAAGAAGAUGAGGGAGUAAAAUCUAUGGAUGCACCAAUUCUGAAACAGUUUGAGGAAGAAGAAGAAAGGAAAGAGAUGCCCAAAGCAAAACCAGAAGAGGUGAUGUAUGAGAGACCCCAAACCAUAAGAUCACAGGAACAGGAGGGGUUAGAGAAAGGAGGGAGAAUUACAAGGUCCCAGGAAGAGGCUAGUAGAAGAAGUCAUCUGGCCAGACAGCAGCAAGAGAAAGAGAUGAAGACAGCUUCUCCCCUUGAGGAAGAAGAAAGAGAAAUAAAAUCUUCGAAAGUCUUGGAGGAAAAAUCAAAGUCUCCUUCCCCUCCUCGAUUGACUGAAGAUCUGGAAAAGGCUCCUCUUAUGCUACAGCCAGAGCAAACUGCCAGUGAGGAGGAGACUCCCCCACCUUUACUUACCAAGGAAGCAUCUUCACCACCACCUAAUACACAGCUUCAGAGUGAAGAAGAAACAGAGCCCAUGGAAGGCCCAGCCCCCCCUGUUCUCAUCCAGUUAUCUCCUCCUAAUACAGAUGCUGAGGCCAGGGAGCCAUUAAUAGCUCAGCAUACUGUCCAGUUGGCAGGGGGCUUGUCUCUUUUGUCAAGUCCUGCAGGCACCAAUGCUGCAGAAUCUCCAGCUGAGAAAGUGCCCGAAGAGAGUGCCCUGCCUCUAGUUCAGAAAAGCACACUAGCUGACCCCUCAACCCAGAAGGGUCCUGAAACUGAGUUGGAUAAAUCUGCUCCACCACUCCCUCUAAAAUUUGAGGAAUUAGCACCAGCCAAAAGGAUCAUUGAGGAAUCUCUGAAACAGCCAUCUUUGGAACAGAAGGAAGGCAGAAGGGCUUCUCAUACCCUUCUCCCAAGCCACAGAUUGAAACAGUCAGCUGACUCAUCCUCUAGCCGGUCCUCCUCAUCUUCAUCUUCCAGUUCUAGAUCAAGAUCUCGCUCUCCUGAUAGUUCAGGUUCUCAUUCUCACUCACCUCCAAGAUCUAAGCAGAGAGAUAUAGCUCAUGCCAACCCUCGUGGUAGAUCCAAGAUGGGCUCCAGAUCAACAUCAGAGUCCAGGUCACGUUCCCGUUCUCGUUCACGGUCAGCAUCAAGCAACAGCAGAAAAUCUCUGAGCCCUGGAGUCUCCAGGGACAGCAGCACCAGCUACACUGAAACCAAAGAUCCCUCUUCUGGUCAGGAGGUUGCAACUCCACCAGUGCCACAACUGCAGGUCCUUGAGCCAAAGGAGAGGACUUCCACCUCAUCCUCUAUUCCAGUGAGGCCUAUGAGCCAACCUGAGCCAGCCGAAAAGCAUGUGAUACAGAGGGUACAGCCUGAGCGGGGGAGCCCAAAGAAGUGUGAAGCUGAAGAGGCAGAGCCACCAGCUGCCACACAGCCCCAAACCUCAGCAACUCCAACCUCUCACCUACCAGAAUCAGAAAAGAUUCAUCACACUGUUGAGGAGAAGGAGGAAGUGACCAUGGACACAAGUGAAAACAGACCUGAAAAUGAGGUGCCAGAGCCCCCCAUGCCUAUUGCAGACCAAAUCAGCAAUGAUGACCGCCCAGAGGGCAGUGCUGAAGAUGAGGAGAAGAAAGAGAGUUCGCUGCCCAAAUCAUUCAAGAGGAAGAUCUCCGUUGUCUCAGCUACCAAGGGGGUGCCAGCUGGAAACAGUGACACAGAGGGGGGCCAGCCUGGUCGGAAGCGACGUUGGGGAGCCAGCACAGCCACCACACAGAAGAAACCCUCCAUCAGUAUCACCACCGAAUCACUCAAGAGCCUCAUCCCCGACAUCAAACCCCUGGUGGGGCAGGAGGCUGUUGUGGAUCUUCAUGCCGAUGACUCCCGAAUCUCUGAGGAUGAGACAGAGCGUAAUGGUGACGAUGGGACUCAUGACAAAGGGCUGAAAAUAUGCCGGACCGUCACUCAGGUAGUACCUGCAGAGGGCCAGGAGAAUGGGCAGAGAGAAGAAGAGGAAGAAGAAAAAGAGCCUGAAGCAGAACCCCCUAUACCUCCCCAGGUUUCAGUAGAGGUGGCCUUGCCUCCCCCUGUGGAGCAUGAAGUAAAGAAAGUGACUUUAGGAGAUACUUUAACAAGACGUUCCAUUAGCCAGCAGAAGUCUGGAGUUUCCAUUACAAUUGAUGAUCCAGUCCGAACUGCUCAGGUGCCCUCCCCACCCCGGGGCAAGAUCAGUAACAUUGUGCACAUCUCCAAUUUGGUUCGUCCCUUCACUUUAGGCCAACUGAAGGAAUUGUUGGGACGUACAGGAACUCUGGUGGAAGAGGCCUUCUGGAUUGACAAGAUCAAAUCUCAUUGCUUUGUAACGUACUCAACAAUAGAGGAAGCAGUUGCCACCCGGACAGCUCUACAUGGGGUCAAAUGGCCUCAGUCCAAUCCCAAAUUCCUUUGUGCCGACUAUGCUGAGCAAGAUGAGCUGGAUUAUCAUCGGGGCCUCUUGGUGGACCGUCCCUCUGAAACUAAGACAGAGGAGCAGGGGGUACCACGGCCCCUGCACCCUCCACCCCCACCCCCAGCCCAGCCACCACAGCAUCCCCGGGCAGAGCAGCGGGAGCAAGAGCGGGCAGUGCGGGAACAGUGGGCAGAGCGGGAACGGGAAAUGGAGCGGCGGGAGCGAACUCGAUCAGAGCGUGAAUGGGAUCGGGACAAAGUUCGAGAAGGGCCCCGUUCCAGAUCACGGUCCCGUGACCGCCGCCGCAAGGAACGUGCAAAGUCUAAAGAAAAGAAGAGUGAGAAGAAAGAGAAAGCUCAGGAGGAACCACCAGCCAAGCUCCUGGAUGACCUUUUCCGCAAGACCAAAGCAGCUCCGUGCAUCUACUGGCUCCCGCUGACUGACAGCCAGAUUGUUCAGAAGGAGGCAGAGCGGGCUGAACGGGCCAAGGAGCGGGAGAAACGACGGAAGGAGCAGGAAGAAGAAGAGCAAAAGGAGCGGGAGAAAGAAGCGGAGCGAGAGCGGAACCGACAGCUGGAGCGAGAGAAGCGGCGAGAGCACAGCAGAGAGAGGGACCGGGAGAGAGAGAGGGAACGCGAACGCGACAGGGGGGAUCGAGACAGGGAGAGGGACCGGGACCGGGACCGAGGCAGGGAGAGGGACCGGAGAGACAACAAGCGCCACAGCAGGAGCCGGAGUCGGAGCACACCUGUGCGGGACCGGGGGGACCGGGGUGGGCGCCGCUAGCUGCGGAAAUACUGGGGAGAACUGCAGGUAUCGGCCACCCUGCUCCUGGGUGGGGACGCAGGGCCACAGAGGGACAGGUACAAUCUCCACCACCUGGGAACCAGGGGUCUUUCACACCAUUUGCCCAGUGCUGAAGUAUGGCUGCCACCUGUCCCCACAUACCAAACGGAGCAGCGGCCAUCAUCCUCCCGUACAUCCCAUAACCAAUCUCUUGGGAUUUAGCCCUCUCCUUUCUCGCAUUUCCCAUGAGGUCUGUGAGAGGGAAGAGCUAGGUUAGAGCGAGAGGUGGUUGGCCCAGAGGUGGGGAACAGCCAGGAUCCCCCACCUUUCAUUUUUCCUUCAUACUGCUCACCACCUUUGGGUACUCACACCUCUUGGGAACAGCUGGGGCCAGGACUGGGUUACCUAUGAGCUGAAUCAGCAUCUCCUGAGUCCCAGGGCCCCUGCAGUUCCCAGUCUCUGCUGUCCUGCAGCCUUUGCCUCCUGCUCACCGGUUCCACUUUAUAUCCACCUUUUCCUUUUGUUCAAUUUUUAUUUUUAUUUUUUUUAUUAUUAAAUGAUGUGGUCUAUGGAAAAUAAUAAAAAUCUGACUUAGUUUUAA